AUCGGAGGGAGAAGUUCAGAAGAGCUUUUGUAUUUUUGACUUUUGACAGAUGGCUAGAUUCCUCCUCAUUUGUUUCCUCUUCGCGGUGGCGCUGACGUCAUCCUUGACGGAGGCCGGCGACGACAAUCGAGUUUACUCUCCCUGUUCAGAUUCUACUGUCGCGAUCGGCGAUGGAUUCACUUUCGGCAUUGCCUUCGCGGCAAGAGAUUCUUUCUUUGGCACCAAUCGUUCCGUUCGCGUUCAGUACUCUCCCUGCGAUCGUCGCCGCCUCUCGCUCAACGGCAACUCUGAGCUCGCCGUAUUCAGACCUAAAGUCGAUGAGAUCACCCUCCUUACCAUCAAUACCUCCUCCAGCUCCUCCAGUUUCCGACCGGAUUCUUCAAAGGGAUAUAUGGUAGCAUUCGCUGGUGCAAAAUAUGCAGCAAGAUCAGUUCCAAUUAUGGUUGCAGACAACGAUCACAUCGUCACAAGCUUCACCCUUGUUCUUGAGUUCCAGAAGGGCAGGCUUGAGAACUUGUUCUGGAAGAAAGACGGAUGCUCCAAAUGUUCUGGAGAUGCGAAAUUCGUGUGCCUCAACAAAGAAGAAUGCGCAAUCAAAACCCAAAACUGCAAGAACCGAGGAGGACAAGUAGAUUGCAGCUUGGGGAUCCAGUUGGCGUUUUCAGGCACGGAUAAGCACUACACUGCGUUGAAUUCGUGGUAUGAGGUUGCAAAUCUGAAGCAGUACUCACUUUAUGGCCUCUACUCUAAUCUAAAGGGUUCUCUAAGCAGCCAAUUCAAAAACCUCUUCUGAUGAGCUUCUUACUCCUUUGCGUGUUGCUACUUUUGUAAUUUUGUAUUAUUUCUCGCCUGCUUUGUUUGUUUUAAUUCUUGGUCUCUUGCUCGCAUGAUUUAUGCUAUAUAUCCUGUAUUUUAUUACUUGGCUUGUAACUUUUUCAUGAACUAAAUAGUCAGAUAUAAAUUGAAAGUUGAUUUCUUCA